AUUCCACCAUAAGAGACAACCCAUCUAAUCGAUCAAAAAACUGAAUUUUUUUCGUAAUUAUCCGGUGGAGAGUGAAGCCCUACAUGGCGGGUUUAUCUCUGAAAUGCGGAGACUGCGGAACCCUAUUAAAGUCUGUAGAGGAAGCCCAGGAGCAUGCUGAGCUGACCAAACACGCCAAUUUCGUUGAAUUCACUGAAGCGGUGCUCAAUCUAGUCUGCGUCACCUGUGGCAAGCCCUGCCGAUCCAAAACUGAAAGUGAUUUGCAUACUAAGAGGACAGGACACACUGAGUUUGCAGACAAAACUUCAGAGGCUGCAAAGCCAAUAAGUUUGGAGGCUCCAAAACCAAAAGAUGACGUUGAUAUGGUGGAGGCUGGCGAUGGUAGUAAUAGUAACAAAGAAGAAUUGGUUGUUCCAGAAGUUGAUCAGCAGUUGCUCGUGCAACUUGAGGAAAUGGGGUUUUCUAAGGAAAGGGCAACUAGAGCACUCCACUAUUCAGGUGAGUUUCUCUAAAAUAAGUAUCUUCAUGU